UGUUAAUCACCAUCACGCGAUGGCGAGGGACCUUCAAUCAAAAGAUCCUCAGCUACAAGAAUGCAUCAAAUUGAUCCGGGAGAUGACAAGCAUCAUCGAUCCCGCGGAUGACUACCUCACAAUAACUGCAGCUGAAGAGCAAAUGAAGAUCAAUUAUGCCCGAGGAAAGAAAGAGAACGAAGAGGCAUAUGCAGAUUUAAAAGCCUUGUCUCGCGUCUUGGAGGCUGCCAAGAAAUCUUCGAUGCGACCACCGAACGUGCCCUCUUUGGAAAAGCACGCGUCCCAUCUCAACGACCUUGACGGAUCCAGGCUGUCCCUAGCCAAGGCUAUCCGUGACGCGGAGGGCUCUCUAGCUAGUAAAGAGGCUGAGCUGGCAGCCCUGAAAGAGCAAGCGCGUUCAUUAGAGGAAUCAGAUCCUGCCAAGGAUCACCAGAUUCAGCUAGAUGGCUCUGCAUUGCGCUUGAAGAUCUACAGAGGGUUGGGGUUCGAACCCGUUCUUGACAAGGACGGGCGAGUGACCAAGAUGCUUGUUCGCAGUGAAUCUAAUGACAUCCACUCCUUCCCGUCCGAUGGAAGUAAAUCAGAUUUCGAUGAUGCCGCUCAGCUUUGGAGGCUGGCAAUCUCAUGAUGAUAAUGAUCUUAAGAAAUAUGAUCUUAUCUGUCACUACAUGCGCUGUGAUAAUUAUGCGUAUAUCUAUUUUCUUUUGGCCCCUCCCUCAAUGUGAAGUUUUCAUACCAAUGGACUAUGGAGCGCUGCUUAUUUGCGGCCACUCGACGAACCAAUUCG